UGGAACGCGCUCAAUAAUAUAGCUCAAUAGAUACAGUAUAAAUUCUGGGAGGAAAUUUAAGUUUUUGAUUACUUAUAUUCUUGUGUUUCUGUGUGUGUUACUGCACUUUUUACUCGCGAUGUAGGGGAAAUAAAACCUAAAAUACCGAUUGUGUUCAGAUGUUGGCGCUGGUAAUCUUAUGCUGUCCUUUUUUUUGCGUAGAGUGAGAAUGAACCCGGAAGUCCUCCCCAGGGUCCACGUUCACUAAAAAAAGAAUCGUGUGCGUAAGGAGCGAUAUUUAAGAUUCAUAUCGUACAGAUUUAGUUUUUUUUUACUAUGAAAAUAAAUGAGAACACAUUGCUUGAAGGACAUAAAGUCGUGUUGGUGCCGUACAAUGUGGAGCACGUCCCAAGGUAUCACGAGUGGAUGAAGUCCGCGGAGCUGCAGCAGCUGACGGCCUCGGAGCCGCUGACCCUGGAGCAGGAAUAUGACAUGCAACGCAGCUGGAGAGAAGACGCAGACAAGUGCACCUUCAUCAUCCUGGACAAGCGGCGCUGGGCGGACUCCGGCGCAGAGGAGGCGCAGUGCAUGAUCGGGGACGUCAACAUCUUCCUGACUGACCCCACGGACCCUUCCCUGGCUGAGCUGGAGAUCAUGAUUGCAGAGCCCAGUUAUAGAGGACGAGGUAUCGGGAAGGAGGUGACGCAAAUGAUGAUGCACUACGGAGUCACCAAACUCGGCAUCAGCAGAUUUCAAGCGAAAAUUGGCCUGGACAACGACGUCAGCAUCGCCAUGUUCAAGAAACUACACUUCCAGCAGGUGUCAGUGUGUCAGGUGUUCAAGGAGGUCACCUUGGAAACGGCGGUGGAUGAGUCGCUCCGUCGCCGGCUGUCGCAGCACGCGGGUCACGUGACAGAGCGGGACUACCGGGCGGCCCGCGGCGGAAGACGGGACGCCGCGUCGCAGGCUGCCACGGGGCCUCUCCCGUGAGCACGUGUGACACAAGCGUGGAGUCAACGUGUUUAUUUUAUGGCGAGAAGAACGCCGCAAAUUGGCGUGAGAAGACAAAGACGCUUUUUAAAAAGAGGCGGUUGUACAAA